GGUACGUUUUUAAGAUCUUAUUAUGUAAUACGUAGUUAAUCAAUUUACUUAACUCAAUUAAAAUGGUGCAAAAUUACAAACCCAGUCCUCUCAGGAAAUAGGUCACAAAUAUAUCUGUUGAAUAGAACUUGUUUUGUUAUUACAUGCCUGAACUUACAAAGCUGACUCACCCCUGAUAACAAAGUUGACUCACAAAUUGAACUUAUGUUUGGUUGGCUACAAGAGCUUAUAAAAAUCUAAUAAUUAUGCACUGAAUUUUUUGUUACUGCGACCAUUAAUUUAUUCUGAUUACCAAUUUUUCAAUAUCAAUAAAAUGGCUAGCAGUAGCAAUGUACCGAUAUCUAUAAUUCUGAAAAAAGCAAAAGAUGAAGAGACCAACAGUGAUGAACCAAAAAAGAAAAGCCGGGAAGACUGGAAGAAAGAGAAGGAACUCGAGGAGCUCAGGAAAGCAGGGUCCAUCCCCGCUGCUGUAGACGAGGAAGGUAGGGACAUUAACCCUCACAUACCUCAGUACAUUUCAUCGGCUCCUUGGUACUACAACUCCGAGGGUCCAACUUUAAAACAUCAAAGACAGCAGGAAGAAAGCAUCAAGGUCUUUACACAUCUCAAUGAGCAUUACACUCGGGGAUUGAAAGGUGCUAAGGCCACUAAGUUUCGUAAAGGUGCGUGUGAAAACUGCGGUGCCAUGGGCCAUGUUAGGAAAGAUUGUUUCGAAAGACCGCGAAAAGUUGCUGCCAAAUUUACUAAUCAGGCCAUCGCUGCCGAUGAUGUGAUGCUACCGAAACUGGACUUGGAUUUCGAUGGGAAACGGGAUCGCUGGAAUGGAUUUGAUCCAUCCGAGUAUAAGGCUGUUGUGGAGGAGCAUGAAAAAAUCGAGGAAUAUAAACGCAAAGCAAAAGCACAAAAACUCAAAGAUGGCCAGGAUAUAAGCGACGACGAAGCCGAUGAUGAUGACGAGGAAGAUGAAGACAAGUACGCUGAAGACUUCGACAUGCCUGGCACGAAAGUAGACAGCAAACAGCGAAUUACCGUCAGGAAUUUGCGUAUUCGUGAGGACACAGCAAAAUAUUUACGUAAUCUUGAUCCAAAUUCUGCUCAUUAUGAUCCCAAAACUCGUUCGAUGCGAAGCAAUCCCUAUAAAGAUACUGGCAAGAAGCCUGAAGAAGUGGAUUUUGCUGGGGAAAAUUUUGUCCGUUUUACAGGCGACACAGUGGAGCAGGCAAAAGCUCAAGCAUUUGCCUGGGAAGCGUACGAGCAGGGGGUGGACGUUAGCAUGCUGGCCGAACCUACCAAGCUAGAAAUGCUCAAAAAACAAUUUAUUGAGAAAAAGGAAGAGUUCAAGACAAAGGUGUCGAGCGGUCUUCUCGAAAAGUAUGGUGGCAAAGAACAUCUUAAAGUGCCGCCCCGACAGUUGCUUUUGGCUCAGUCUGAAGAUUACGUUGAGUACUCAAGGCAAGGAAAAGUUAUUAGAGGAGCUGAAAAGGAUGUUAUUCGUUCACGAUAUGAAGAAGACGUUUAUCCAAAUAACCAUACGAGCGUUUGGGGGAGUUAUUGGCAUGAGGGACGAUGGGGCUACAAUUGCUGUCACUCACUACUGAAAAAUUCUUAUUGUACCGGCGAAGCUGGCAAGACGUACGUAGCUGAGGACGUCAUACCCUCCGUGCCAGGUGUUUCAACCAGCGCUGUUGAAGACGAACCUAAUAAGCAAGAAAAUGAGCUUACAGAUAAACCGAAAACUUUGGUUGAAAUUCAUCGAGAAAAAAUGGAAAAGAAAUCUAAGAAGAAGAAGAAAAAGGACAAAAAGAAACGCAAGAAGCGCAGCAAGAAAGAAUCGAGCUCGAGUGAAAGCAGCAGCAGCGGUGAUGAGAGCGAGGCAGAACAAGAGUUCUCCAAGGAAGAACUGCGCAAGAAGAAACUGAGGGAAGCUUUGAUCAAGGCUAAAAUAGAGGAAGAUGAAGGCAAACGCCUCCAGGAGCUAGAUGACAGGCAGCGUGCCUACAACACGCACUACGUCAACAAAGUUCUCACCGAAGAAGAAAUCGAAGCUCAUCAACUGCGGCGCCAAAGGGAGGACGAUCCCAUGGCUGGCUUCAUGUAACGCCAUCAUAGAUGGCGAGAGGUAUCGUUAUGGCCAGAAACCAGGUCCUCAGUGGGCUGACGAUAAGGAUAUCAUGACUGACGAAUCAUUAAAUAACGUCAUGAGUUCUCCUUGGUUUGGUUUACCUGUAAUGCACUAUUAUAUUCACGGUAUCUAAAGGUGUGUCAGCUUUUUGCUGUAAUAAGCAAUAAUUUAGUCGAAUUAUACUUGUAUCGAUACUCUAAUUUGAUGUAUUUAUUCGAAAACCGACUGUCUCCCUUUUGCUCGAGCCAAUUCAUGUUGAUUUCAUUAGAAUUUUUUAAUUAUUUAAUUUUGCUUCUCUGCCAUAUUUGUUGAAGAACCACCUUACUACGUCAAGUUCUGAGUUUAACGUUUAUUUACAUGUGGGCGCUAUAAGUCAUGUUUCGCAAUCUAUUAUUGAGAAGAAAUAUCUAGCCACAUUAUCUUUUUCAUUUACGCAGCACUUCUGUAUUAUCUAGAGGAAAUUGCGUCCAUUAUAUAUUGGAAAUUUGGCUAUGAUAUCAAACGUGGAAACGAAAUCAAUUUUUUCGGAUCUUGCAUUGCGUAUCUGUUAUCUCCCGAUAGAUAUGCUACUUUUUAAAAAAUAUCGAAUAAUUCUAACUUCAACUACAAUUUCACUAAAGCAAUCAAGGAAAAAUAUAUUUCGGGAUGGAGAUGAAUAUAUAUUUUAGUAAGAUAAAAAUUCAAUACGAACAGAUCUCAAAAAAUUAGUUCUGUGUGUUUUUUCUUUGAUGGUACGAAGACUAUCAAUUUAAUUAUAACAAUCCUUUUCAAUUUAUUCCAGAAUUUUUGUGAGAAGAAAACGUUUUCUGAAGUAAUAAGCACACACGAACUAAUAAAUGUUCUACGCUGUUCAGUGGUUAAGCCUAGAAACAUUUCGGAAGCCAAUGUCACGGGAAAUUGUUAACCAUACAUCAAUUAGGCUCGAUUUCUUAAGACCUCAAUAUCUUUUUCAUCUUAUGAUUUGACGAUGCCUUCUUGUGUUCUCCUCAAAAAGAGUUCCCUAAUAUAUUACGAAUAUACGAGUAAUAGGAGUAAAUCGGCUACUUGUAAAAAAAAAAUUCAACUGAAUGACAGUUCCUAAAUACAGUGACUCAUGUCCAU